AUGAUUGUUAAGAAGUUGUAUGAUGCGUGGAUUAUGGUUUCAGGUUACAGCCAGUGCUCGGUGAGCGAUAUCCAUGUGACCCAAUCUGCAACUGGAAGAAGAGUGGGAGGAAAACCAGAAUGGAGUGUGAGUAUCACGAAUUGGUGUGCAUGUGUUCAGAAGAAGGUGCAAUUGAAUUGCAAAGGGUUUCAAACAACAGAAGCAGUGGAUGAUUCACUCUUGAAAGUUUCUGGUGAUGUUUGUCUUGUGAGUGGAGGCCAGCCUGUGUGGAAAGGUGCCAUUGAAUUCAAUUAUGCCUGGGAUCAUCAGUUCCCAUUAAAUCCCAUUUCCUCUCAGGUUGCUUGUUAG